ACGGGGACGUAUGUUGGAUCUAUGCUAGCAAGUUCGCGUCGCAGCCGCUGACCCGAAUUUAACAAAGUUUUUAAAUUCAAAUUAUGAUGACCUCUAUUCCGUAUUUUCUCAAAGGUAAUGGUACUACAAAGUGAAACAUAUUUUUGUUUAUUAACAAUGCGCAAACGUCUAACGUGCCCCGCCAAUAAUAAGUUGGGAAAAGACAAAGUCGAACGCAGCAUCCAUCGCGUGGCGAAAUGCCAGCGACUUACGUGCUUGUGCGCGCGCGCGCUCGCUCGCUCACUUUCGUGGACGGGCAGGCGGGAAAUGAGCCCCUUUCAUUGUUUGAAUGGUCCGAAGCGCGCGUGCGAUGACCUUACAGCUCGCGAAAGAGGGGGAUAUUAAGCCGACCCGUGCGUACAGCAGCAGUUAUUAAGUGUCUGCUGACACUGACUGAAGGACGGAGCAGUGAACACGGGACAGUAAAUACGAGUACAAAAUGAAGUCUGAUCAGCAGGCGCCUGAGGAUCGUGGGCACUUGGUAGGCAUCAUCUUCUUCAUCCUGGGCCUCGGUACGCUCCUGCCAUGGAACUUCUUCAUGACUGCAACAAAGUAUUUUGAGAAUCGCCUCGAUACAUCUGAAUGGAGUAAUGGCACAGUGGUCACUUCCAGAGAGUACUACUUCACCAACUGGAUGACACUGUUGUCCCAGCUGCCGCUGCUGCUCUUCACACUUCUCAACUCCUUCCUGUAUCAGCGGUUGUCAGAGAAGGUCCGAAUAGGUGGCAGUCUUGUUUUCAUUCUCCUCCUCUUCAUCCUUACUGCUGUUCUUGUUACGGUUGCUAUGGAGAAGGACACCUUCUUCUCUGUCACCAUGGCAACCAUCUGGUUCAUUAACUCAUUUGGGGCUGUGCUCCAGGGCAGCCUCUUUGGCCUUGUGGGAUUGCUCCCUCAGAAGUACAGCGCCGUGUUCAUGAGUGGGCAGGGUCUGGCAGGCACAUUUGCUGCUGUUGCUAUGCUGCUGGCUAUUUACAGUGAGGUGGACAACAGGAGUGCUGCCCUCGGCUACUUUAUUACCCCCUGCGUGGGAACCCUGAUCACACUUAUGAGCUAUGUGCUACUGCCACACAUUGCAUAUGCUCAGUACUAUUUUAACCGAUUCAAGCGGUAUGAAGAAGAGGUUAACAAUGUGCUUCUGGUCAAUGUUACUGAAAUGGAGCCUAUGGAGACUAACAAAUUGAAUGGUCACGCCAAGAGCAAUGGUACUGUGGAGCACGGCAGUGUGGAGAGUGCUGAGACAAAGCAGGUGUUACACACCCUGGAGCAGAGCAAAGCACAGGAUGCUAGAUCUUCAGUUACGCAAGUCUUGAAAAAGAUUUGGGUGAUGGCAUUUUGUGUGACGUUCGUGUUCACUGUCACCCUGUCUGUGUUCCCUGCGGUCACUGUGGACGUUCAGUCUGCAUUUAAAGGAAGAUGGCAAAUGUACUUCACUCCAGUCUGCUGUUUCUUGGCUUUUAACAUCAUGGACUGGUUUGGCAGAACAAUCACGUCUGUCCUUCAGUGGCCGCCGAAGGAGAGCCGUUUCUUCCCGGCCCUGGUGGUGGCCCGUGUUGUCUUCAUCCCCCUGCUCAUGAUGUGCAACGUUCAGAAGCGCACCAACAUGCCCGUGCUCUUCCCCCACGAUGCCGUCUUCGUCCUCAUCAUGGUCCUGUUCUCUGUCUCCAGUGGCUACUUUGUCUGCCUUUCCAUGUCUUAUGCGCCACAGUUAGUGGAGCCUAAAGAUGCGGAGAGGGCAGGAGCGCUGAUGACCUUCUUCUUGGCCCUUGGUCUGUCUCUGGGUGCAGCGCUCUCAUUCCCCCUGCGGACCUUGGUCUAAAGGGGUCCUCGUACUGUGGACACCGACAUGGCAGGAUCUUCUCGCUCCAACAUGCGUUCUAGGCAGCACUUGACUCCCCAUCUGAUAACUGACACCUACAUACCAAGCUUUGGGUGUUUUGCUCCUCCACUGUUGUUGUAAGUCUGAGCUCCAGGGGAUUUUCUAACUCAUCCACCACACAAACACUCUCACUUCUUAGAAGCAAGUUCUGCUGCACUUUCCCUUUGUAGUCCAGUAGGGCACCACACACACACACACACACACACACAACACUGAGACACCAAACUCCAUUUUUAAUGAGACCAAGCGUCAUCGUUACUGACUGCCGUUGUUUGUUUCUGUAGGCAAAACAAGAGUUUUUGUAGUUAUCGUUACAAAAAUCCCAAUAUAGGUGCAUUAGCAAAUAUUUUGAAUUUGGUUAGACCACCUUUGUUUUAGUUGCAUAACUACUUUUGAGAAAGCUAUGAGUGUUUUUGUUUUUUUACUAGUUUUGAAUAUUUUCUGCUGACAAUUUUAAUAUAGUUUUUGAUAUUUAAUUGUUUAUUUUGUAUGUAUUUAUAUUUUUACUUAAAAGGGAACCUAGACAUGCUAGCUAAGUCUCAUGUUGGGCAUUUUAGCACAGUUUGGUUGACACAGAUUUAUGUGUUCAGGACGAUGAUGUCAAGGCAGAGAUUUUUUUUUGUGGUGUUGCUUAGUCUUGAACUGGCAUUGCUGUUACCGUGGUAAUGUCUGCUAAGUGGAGACAUGGCAGAGUUCACAACCUGCUGAAUAGCAGAAACCAUUGUGGACCAGGACUGCGGCAUUAGUCCAGCUACUUCCUGUUACAGGUGCCGCCACAAACUGUAGAAAGGGGGCAUGUGAGGUCAGGCCCGGGGUGGGGGGUAGGGUCAGGGUCAUAGGACGUGUCACCAGCAUCCUCUCUUGUAUUUGAUGAGCUUCUACAUAUUUAUCAUACAGCAGGCCUAUCAGUAGUUUUCUUCUACAUAAGAGCAGUGUGAGUAGUGAUCUUGUAUGUUUUUUGAAGUUAACUGUACUAUGGUACAAUCAUUUUUAAUGAGGUCUUGCAUAGUGUUUCUGUAUGUUAGAAACAAUUGUAGUUACAUAGUUGCUGAGGUAAAAUUGGGCUGACGAUGCAGGAUGUUCCUUGACAGCCUUUUCUUUCAAAAAUAGCAAAUGAGAAGUUGGUUUUUAUGCUUCUCUUCUUACAAAUUUAAAGAUGUCAGUGGUAUGAGUGACAUGGUACAAAUAGCACUUAAAACCAACAUUUGUGUUGGGAGGGCCGGUAAUAAAUACCACAUACUCUACAGUACGUGCAUACACACAUGUUCAGAGUUCAUAUGAGACCUGGAAAGUCGUGGAAAAUAAACAUGGCAAAAUGCAGUACUGAAGAAUAUCCUGAAAUUAAAAUCCAGAAGGUAGUUCUGGAAAAAUUCUGUGAAUUUCUAUAAUUCCUUCAUUUCAUUAGUAAACACAACCACCACCCCCCACCUUUUUCAUUGUUUUCACUUGUGUUCUGUUCUGGGUAUGAACAUGUAGUGUGUUAUUGAUGGCAUGUGCUGGUCUAAAGACUAAAGUAGACUAAAUGUACAGUUGGUUACAUUUAUUCAUUUAGCUGAUGCUUUUCUCCAAAGUGAUUUACAAUGUUAUGAGGGUAAGUCUCAAAAGUAUCCAUGGUGUAACUGUAAAAAUGAAUACAAUAUUUUCCAGAUAGGUUCCAAAAGUGCACUUUCACCUUGCAAAGACUGAAAAAGUGGCUCAGCGGCACAAAGCAAACACAGGUAUGCGCCACUUUACGACGUUUUGCGCAGCGACAGACCGCAUAUAGGACAGUGAUCCUAUGAAAAUAUAAUGGACUGAAAUUCCUAUCAAAGAGCAAUGUAGCUGUAUGGGUAGUAAUGUGAUGCACCGCUCACGUUUUAAGCGUCAAACCAAUUGCGCUGCCAGACAUGUGAAAGUAUAUAUGAUUUAUGUAUAGUACAUAACACACAAAACUUACUGGUUUAUGCAUUUACUGUACAGUAGUUUGUGUACUCUUUCUGUACACUCCAUGGUGUUUUCUGAAUGAUGAAGUCGAACUGUGACUGGUUUCACAGAAUGUAACCCCGUCGUUAAGUGGCACGUACCUGUAAUUACAUUCAAUAAGUUAACAUGACGAAAUGCUGUUUUUGCUUGAAGAGGUUUGACAUCAAAUAUAGUGAGUCUGCAUGGAAGAGCCACAAGAAAUGAAGUAAAUGUUGUGAACUAAGGAAAAGCAGGGAAGCCAGUAAUUAGGGUUUUUUUUUUUUUUUUUUUUUUUUUUUCCCCCGGACCAUUUGUGGGGAUUUUCUCAGCUGAAGGCCUCAGCAGAGCGGCAUCUCUUCGACAUCAAUACACACCUUUGUACGCGAUCAAAAUGUUACACUCUGCAGUCUGAAAUCCUCCUUGCAUUAAAUCUGGUGGAGAAGCAUCAUGUGAGGAUGUGGACAAACUUUGAGGAAAUGUUUCCUAAUGGUGAUGUGGCCAAGUAAUUUUAUAUAUAUGGAACAUAAAUGCAGCUACUUGUCUUGUUUUGGACUUGAGCCAUAAUUGUGUUCUCUAAGAACCUGUUAAUCAUUUUAUUCUCCAUUUGACUUGUGUGUGGUUAAAAAAAAAAAACUGUACACACUGCAUCUGAUACAUUUAGUUCCCAAACAGCUGUGGUCCUGCUGAAACGUUGAUGCCAUUAGCAUCCUAUUAUCUGUGUCUAGAUGUGCAUAAACUGCACUAUGAUCAGUAAUGUAAAAUUAUUGUAUUCAUUAUUAGGGUUGUCACUUUGCAGUGGAUAUUCAGUACUGAAGUGCUGGACUUUGAGUCCCCUGGAUUUUUUUUAACUGGUUGUUCCUGGACAAAUUGUAAAAAGCCCUGUGAUUUGAAAAUGACAGAAGCACACAAAGCUGGGGUUCCAGGUAAUAGGACCAUAGUAACAUUUGGCAGUUUAAAUGCAGUGGCUGUGGAGGACUGACCUCUGAGAAACACACCAUGGUUUUGAGUUAAAUGCUUUAAUAUUUUCAGUUUGUAACUUAGUAAAUUCCAGGUUUCAUUAUGUCCUGUGUUCAGGGGAAGUUACUCAUUAGCUCAUGGCUGGAGAAAUGCUGGAAAAAAUGUUUUAAUGUGGUGCCUACACUGAUAAUCAUCUGAAUGUAUUAAACUGGGUGAGAUUUUGUCCAAUACGAUUUGACUAUUUUAAACAUUCUUUGUGAAGGUAUGGAAACGAUUAUGCCUGGCAAUCGCACUCAUGUUGCACUAUUCAUUCUGUCAAAGUGCAGUGGAUACUGAUGUCAUUUGUAAAUAUUUACUGAACCAUAUUGUCAUCUACUCUGGAUGCCCUGGUUUUCUCUUACCAUGAAAAGAUGUUACCAGUAGUGUGUGUGAGAUUGCUUUGUGAUGGACCAACAUCAAGUGCAUGUACUCUGCCUCACUCCCUGUGCUUCUGGGUUAGGCUCUGGACUGCAGUGGACAAGCAGUUAUCUAUAGUGAGUAAAUUUACCAGUACAAGUUAGUAUUUCAUUUAUACAUUGUUUUACUGUCCAGUUCCAUGUAAAAGUGAACUUAAUAGGGAACCCUACUUUACACCAGGAAAGAAGGGAACAAGAAUAUGAAUAUCUGCCUUAAACACUGCAAUUCUGUGUUUGAGUAACAAUCUGUAGGGUGUAAGUCUUUGUAAGUGUGCUUUCUAGAUCUUACUGGAAGGGAAAUUUAUAUUAAAGCCUUUGGUACAA